CCAUCCCUCCUCCUCCCGGGAAGAACAAACCCAAAAACAGAGAGAGCAAGAAUAGAAUAGCCAGCAGGAGCAGAGCACCUCCUCGAUCUCAAUCAUAGGCCGGCUCGAGGCGCCGCCCAAUUCGUUCCUCCACGAUUUCUUUUAUCCAUCUUCUUCUUCUUUCUUUCUUUUCUUCCUCUUCUUGGGAGUUGAAGAGAAAGAAUCGAGUUGUUGCUUUGUUUAAUUUUGUGUGUUGCUGGGGGUGCGUUAAUGGCGGUUGACCCAAUGACGACGACGACCCCCGCCUCUCCGCCCCUUUAAAUAAAUCGCGCGGGAAGGAGAGUUCGCCGAGGACACCCAUCCCGUCGCUAGCUCGUCGCAUCGAUCUACGGCUCCGAUCGAUCGAUCGAUCGAUCCAGCAAUGGCGGCGUCGUCGUCGAAGAAGAAAGAGGAGGAGGAGGUCGCGGUCGUGGCGGCGAGGAAGGGGAGGCUGAGGCAGCGCUACGACGGCGAGUACCGCCUCGUCGCCGGCUGCGUGCCGUACCGUGUGGUCGCCGCCGGCGGCGGCGGCGGCGGCGGCGAGCUGGAGGUGCUCAUGGUGUCCACGCCCAAUCGAGCCGACCUCGUCUUCCCCAAGGGCGGGUGGGAGGACGACGAGGACGUGUACGAGGCGGCGUGCCGGGAGGCGAUGGAGGAGGCCGGCGUCAAGGGCAACAUCAACAGAGUGUCGCUGGGGAUGUGGGUGAUGAGGAGCAAGAGCAGCCAGAGCGGCGGCGGCGGCGAGGCGAGCCGGAGCCCCCGGGGCGGCGCGUGUAAGGGCUACAUGUUCGAGCUCGAGGUCACCGAGGAGAUGGACCGGUGGCCGGAGCAGGCCACCCACGGCCGCCGCUGGCUACCCCCCGCCGACGCCUUCCGCCUCUCCCGCUACGGCUGGAUGCGCGAGGCGCUCGCCGCGCUGCUCGACCGCCGCUGCCUCCUUCUCCUGCCGCCGCCGCAGCCGGAGCCGAGCGAGCACGCCGGAGUGUACGGCUUGGCGAUGCUCAAGGCCGCCGCCGCAGCCGCCGCCGACCGGGCGGUGGCGCUCUGCUGAUCAGAUGCCGCUGUGUCUGACGAAUGACGAUGGCAAAGUUCAGAAGGCAGAAUGAUCUAAUGAUCAUUCUUGUCUCUCUAUAUAUAUCCUUUUCAACUAAGUUUUCUUUUCUUUUCUUGCUGUUCCAUCUAGUGAGUUUCUCUCUUGUUAGUGCAUGUUCAUCACUGCAUGAAAAAUGGAUCCUCUCAUGGUUUUGUGAUCGUUGUCGUAAGGGAGGAGAGCCUCAUCAGCGGCAGCCAUUUUUCCUGAACUUGGUAUUGGUUGGCCUCUGGACUCUGAACUGAAGGCAGGGUGAAAUUAAUUGUUCAAUGACCCUGGUUUCUAGUUCUAUGGAGGCAGUGUCUGUGUGUCAGCUUGUAUGAUCAAUCCAGUGGCUGUUGCUGGGGGGGUUUUCUUAUGUUUAAUCCCUGUAAUGUGAAGCUCUUAGGGCCACCUGAGUUCUCUCAUGUAAAUGUUCUGUUCUAAUUGUCAUCAACUGAGUUUUCUCAAGUCAAUGAAUAAUUGUGCAUACGAAUUUCCUUA